AAAACUGUAGUUGGAGUUUACGAGCUUCAAGCUUGAACAAAUCUCAAAUGUUCAAGAUUAGAGAAUUUGAAAGUGAACACACAUGUUUGUUGCUACAUAAUUCAUUAUCGGAAAGGCAAGCAACUAAGAGUGUUGUUGGGAGUAUUAUUGUCAGUAAAUGUGCUGAACCAGAUGUUAUUUACACACCAAAAGAUAUACAACGUGACAUGUUAGCUGAAUAUGGUGUGCGACUCACAUAUAUGCAAGCAUGGAGAGCUAAAGAAGCAGCUCUUGAAUUAGUCCGGGGUGAUCCAAUUCAAUCAUAUGCAAAGUUGCCAAGCUACUUUCACAUACUAGAGGCAACUUACCCUGGUUCCCAUAUAAGAUUGCACAAAUCAGAGGAUGACCGUUUUCUAUAUGCGUUUGUAGCUUUGUUCACCUCGAUAAAAGGAUGGGAAUAUUGUAGACCAAUUGUAGUUGUUGAUGGAACUUUCUUAAAAGGAGCAUACAAAGGGACACUACUAACCGCUAAUACCUUAGAUGCAGCAGGGAGUAUACUGCCACUUGCUUAUGCCAUUGUUGAUUCAGAGAAUGAUGCAUCUUGGAGGUGGUUUUUUGAGCAAUUCAGAGACGCAUUCGGUCAAAGAUUAGAGAUGUGUAUCGUUUCCAAUAGGUAUGCAAGCAUUAUUAAGGCAGCUUCGAGAGUCUAUGAUGAAGUACCUCAUUUUGCGAGUAUGUGGCACUUACUGUAAAACAUAAUGAAAAACUUCAGAAAAAGUCAGCAAAAGGUAACUGAGUUGUUCUACUCUAUGGUAAAAACAUACACCAUGACAGAAUUUAAGCAAUGUAUGACAAUAGUUGAGAAAAUAGAUAAGAGGAUCAAAGAUUACUUGCUGAACAUUGGAUACAACAAAUGGUCGCGUGUGCAUGCUGAAGUAAACAGAACUUGGAUGAUGACGUCAAAUAUAGCAG